CACACACACACACACAAAAAAUCGUUUAUUUAGUGGACAGAAUGGUAAUCCCACUCGCCAUAAACGGUCUAACGACCCGACGUUACUCGAAUCGACGUCUAGUUCUAAUUUCUACUCCUCCUCCGUCUCCUGAGGCAGAUCUGCCCCUCUAGCCUAUCUGCAGCUGCAUUGAAAAGAUGGGGCUGUCUUUUGCCAAGCUUUUUAGCCGACUUUUUGCCAAGAAAGAGAUGCGAAUUCUGAUGGUAGGUCUUGAUGCUGCGGGUAAGACCACCAUCUUGUACAAGCUCAAGUUGGGAGAGAUUGUCACCACGAUUCCUACAAUAGGAUUCAACGUGGAGACUGUGGAAUAUAAGAACAUAAGCUUCACAGUUUGGGAUGUUGGUGGUCAGGAUAAGAUUCGUCCCUUGUGGAGACACUACUUCCAAAAUACUCAAGGUCUUAUUUUUGUCGUUGAUAGCAAUGAUCGUGAUCGUGUAGUUGAGGCUAGGGAUGAACUGCAUCGAAUGUUGAAUGAGGAUGAGUUGAGAGAUGCUGUGCUUCUUGUAUUUGCAAACAAACAAGAUCUUCCAAAUGCUAUGAAUGCUGCGGAGAUUACUGACAAGCUUGGCCUUCAUUCACUCCGUCAACGCCACUGGUAUAUACAGAGCACCUGUGCCACAUCUGGUGAGGGACUUUACGAAGGACUGGACUGGCUCUCCAACAAUAUUGCUAACAAGUGAAUUUGACAUUUUUAGGAAAGCGAGCUGCGGUGAAAUGUGAGUCUACUUUUUUCUCUGUGGUGUUCUGGAUUUCUUUUAACCCUGUAAUUGUGGUGUGAAUUGUAUAUUGUCUUUAGAUGUUGAUGCCUAGUAUUAUUAUAGGAGUUGGGUUCCCAUACGAUUGUUCCUUUACGGUCUAUGAGAUCCGUAAAUGAAUAUGUCCAUCCAAGGAGAAGUUAAUUCCGUUGUUGUAUGUUGGUAAAUAUUCGCAUGCAAGGUUUGUUAUUUUUGGUUUUUGAAUAAGUUGUGAUGUAUGGAUGAUGUGUUUCUCCAGUUGUGUUGCCUUUUCAUA